AUGACAGGUUCUUCGUCCCAUUUCCAGCAGCUCGAGAAGCUAGGGGAAGGUACGUAUGCCACGGUGUACAAGGGCAGAAACAGGGCUACCGGAGCCUUGGUUGCCCUCAAGGAGAUCAACUUGGAUUCCGAGGAGGGUACGCCAUCCACGGCCAUCAGAGAAAUCUCGUUGAUGAAGGAGUUGGACUACGAGAAUAUUGUCACGCUCUACGACGUGAUCCAUACCGAAAACAAGUUGACCUUGGUGUUCGAGUAUAUGGACAAAGACUUGAAGAAGUACAUGGAAACUCACGGCAACAACGGUGCGCUUGACAUGAAGGUCGUCAAGCUGUUCAUGUUUCAAUUGCUCAAAGGAAUCAUGUUCUGCCAUGAUAAUUCAGUGUUGCACCGUGACUUGAAGCCUCAGAACUUGUUGAUCAAUGCUAAGGGUGAGCUCAAGAUCGGAGACUUUGGAUUGGCUAGAGCAUUUGGUAUCCCUUUCAACACUUUCUCUAAUGAAGUGGUCACCUUGUGGUAUAGAGCACCAGACGUGUUGUUGGGCUCCCGUGCCUACACCACGUCUAUCGACAUUUGGUCUGCCGGAUGUAUUUUCGCUGAAAUGUGCACUGGUAAGCCUCUUUUCCCAGGAACCACCAAUGACGAUCAGUUGAAUAAGAUUUUCCGUUUGAUGGGUACUCCUAAUGAGAGAACAUGGCCUGGUGUUUCCCAAUAUCCUAACUACAAGAGCAACUGGCAAAUCUACGUACCACAGGACUUGCGGUUGAUAAUUCCAGAUUUGGACUCUAUGGGUAUGAAUUUGUUGACCAGCUUGUUGCAGAUGCGCCCAGAGGCCAGAAUCACUGCUCGCCAGGCUUUACAACACCCAUGGUUCCACGAAAUUGCUAACCCAAACCCGUUGAUGCAGCCAUUGUCUGACCCAUACCAACAGCAGCAACAACACUACCAGCAGGUGCACCAGUAA